ACAAGAACCCGGAAAUGUAAAGAUUCACAGAGUGAUUGCUUGAUGUGACAGUGACAAUGCCAUUCCGUGACCACUUUAGAAUAAGAAAUUUUGGUUUUGGGUACCACAGAUAUGAAGCCUUUUGUCAAGCACAGUGGCAGUGGCCUCUAGCUGUAUUCAUAACUUAUCGACUUGUAGUAGGUGGCUAUGUGCUAUUCUGGCUUAUUUACACAGCUUCAAGACAUCACCUUGCGAACCCUACACAACCCUGGCCUGUCUGGCUAACCAAUUGGUCAUAUUUCCUACUUACCUGUCACAUGGUGCUUGCCGCCAUCAUCGCUGUUGCCCAUGGAUUCAGAAAUCGGGGGUCAUAUUGUCAAAUACCUGGUGAGGAUAGCCCAGAGCAAGAGUCACACGAGAAGGAAGGGUUACGUUCACAAUCUGCUCCUGAGGAUAUCUUGGGUUUUGAGUCAAGUGGUUUAACCAAAAGUGAUGAACAAUCCGGAGAAACAGUUGUUAUAACCCCGAUCGAAUCUAGUAUUCCAUGGUAUUUUGCUCUUGAUUGGUUGAUAUAUACAAUAAUUGCAAACUUUGCCAUUAUCGUGACAUUAUCAUAUUUUAUAUUUCUGUGGCCUCUCGUUUCAAAAUAUAAUAAUCUCGAUGUCCCCACCAUUGGAGAUCUGAAUUUACAUGGGAUAAAUUCUGUCGUCAUUUUUCUCGAGAUCUGCAUAAAUGGGAUCCCAGUACGUCUUCUACACAUAAUAUACCCAACAAUAUAUGGUUUAACAUAUAUCAUAUUCAGUGCCAUCUAUUGGAGUUUCGAUCCUGUUCACAAUGUACUUUACCCGAAAAUCUUGGAUUGGAAUCAUCCCGGGACAACACUCAUGUUUCUGGCAUUAUUGGCCUUCGUAGUCAUCCCAGUGAUUCAAUUGGUGUUAUUUGGACUAUUUAAACUGAAAGUAUUCAUCAGCAAUAAGCUGGAUGCUAGAACGAGAGACCAGGAAAUAACCAGGGAGGAACGAUAAUCAACAGAAACAUGUUCGCUCAGAGAGCAAAUCACGGGUCAGAUUUAAGUCUCAUUUUACUAUGCACCAACGAUAAUGCACUAAAUGUACGAUAAUCAUGUGGACAUUACCAAUGAAUAUAUUCUCCCAUCAAGCCCAUGUGUAAUCUUCCAAUA